AUGGAAGAAGAGCCUUUAAAAAUAGCCUGCCUAACUUCUCCCGAACAUCGAUUAAUCGAGGAGCGAUUCUAUGUGAUUGGAGUGUUCGGAACGGUUAUUGCGAUUUUCGGCUUGAUUGCGAAUGGAUUUUUGGCCACACUUUUUCUUACACGAAGUAUAUAUAGGUGAGAAAUGACUUUUGCUCGUGCAAAAAAAAUUUUCGGAGAAGAAGAUGAGGAAAAAGAAAAAAAGAGCAACAGAUAAUCAAUUUGAUGGUGACAGGUCAGAAUGACGUUGCAAAUUGCAAAUUUUGACGCGUUAUUUUUUGACACACGCGGAGGAAAAGCUUGAUUUUUGUUCCGGUGAACGGGGUAGACAAAUUUUCAUUUUGAAAACUCUCUGGAGCACAAAAUCAGCUCUGAAAGCGCUUUUUUUUGAAAAUCUCGAAAAAAACUCACUUUUCCUUCAGUUUUUCUGACGAUUUCUCUGUAAAAUAGAAGAAAAAUUCAAAAAUUCACAUUUUCCCAUAAAAAUAGCUUUUUGAGCAUCAGUUUUAGUAUAAAACUAUCGAAAUUUAACUUAAAAAUCAUGUUAUUUGCCCUAAGAAAAGAGAUAAAUAUGAAUUUUCAUGAAAAAACAACAAAAAAAAAAUAAAAGUAAAAAUGGAAGUGCGCUCCAUUGAUAAAAAUUUCAUUUUUUCGCGCUCUUUCAAAAAUUUGUGUGUUUCGUUGUUGCUGUUUUAGAUACUAGAUUUUUGGGCCUAGAUUUUUCUAAUUUUUAAAGAUUUUUUUCAUAAUUUUCAUAUAUUUUUCAAAAUUAACAGAAUUUUUUAUCGAUUUUUCCCUAUUUUCCCCAAAUCCCUCCCCAAAAACCCACCAAUCGCUUCUAUUUCUCAAAUCCCAAUCAAAAUCCUUGAAAAAUCCUCAAUCCUCCAAGUUUUCCACGUUAUUGACAUAUUUAAAGCUGAAAAUCAGAAAAUUUGAAUUUUUUCAGUGUUUCUCUAGAAAAAACCCACAUUUCUUCAAUAAUCCUCCGAAUUUCCGUUGAAAUCCAUAAUUCCAGCCUUGUAGAACAUCUGAAAAUUCAAUUUUUGACUGAAAUUCACUGAUUUUCCCCGAAAACCUGAAAACCCAGCGAAAAAACAACGAAAAAUAAAAAUAUUCUCGUGUUGCGCUAAACAGCGGGCAAGCGGGACGCCGGAGUGUCGUUGUAAAACUUUUUUUUGAAAAAAACGAAGCGGACGCCCAAAUUUUCAGUGAAAUCUUCAUUUUUUCCAGAAAUUCUCCAUUUUUCUUCCUCGGAUUUGUUGCAUUAUUCGACACAUUGGUUGAUGCGUUUUUCAUUUUACUAUUAGUAAGUUUUUUUUUCAUUUUCAUCAAAAAAUUCUUCUGAACUCAAACAAUGCAGUCACGCAAUUUCCUGAAUGAUUUCUAAAGUUUCAAGCAUUUUCUUUUGAAUUUGUACAUUUUUUUAUAUGAAUAUAGCAUAAUUUACACUGGUUUUCUAUGAAAAAUCCAACAAAAAGUGCAAUUUUUCUUUCUAGCCUUUACAUAGUAACAGAAAAACAAAAAGGAUCACAACUAAUCCGUAUACAUUUUUCAUUUUUUUCAUUUUUUUCAUUUUUUCCUUCUUCCCCUAGCAGAAAAAAAUAGAAGAAGAAGCAGAAAACAAAAAAAAAUAUCAAGGAAGUAUUGUGGAUUUAAUUGAGUUAAGUUGUGUUUUCUGGCUUGAUUGGUGCGGGUCACCAAGAAAAAACAAAAAACAACGAAAAACGAGGAGCGGGGUUCUUUUUUUGCUAAUCUGAACAUCAAUCUUGACUUUUAUUUGACUUGGAACGGGGAAUUUGAAUAUGAAAAACUUGAAUUUUGUCUUGGGGAACUACUUGGUGAAAAAAAAUAAAACAUUUUUUGACAAAAAAUUUCGAUUCAGAAAAAAGGGAUGUCUAACCCAAAUUUUAAUUCAUUAAAAUUUGUGCUGAAAAUAUUCAGAUUCUGAAAUUUUCCCUGAAAACUUUGGAAAUUUGAUUGUCAGUAACCUUCACUAUUAUUCGAAAAAAAUCCAGAAAUUCAGAAAUCAAUUUUUCGAAACGUAAAAAAUCCGGGAAUUUUUUUGUUGUUGAAAAUACUGCAUUUUAUAAUUUUUUAGCUCAAAAAUCGGCGGAAAAUUAAAAUUUUCGAAAAACAAUUUGGCGCUUAAAAAAGGCCUUUGCUCUAAAAAAUUGAAAGAUUGAAAAUUUUCCCUGAAAACUUCGGAAAUUUGAUUCUUUUUAAUGUCAAUAUCGAAUUAUUUGAAAAAAAUUCAGAAAUUUAGAAAUCAAUUUUUCGAAACGUAAAAAAUCCGGGAAUUUUUUUGUUGUUGAAAAUACUGAAUUUUAUAAUUUUUUAGCUUAAAAUUCGGCGGAAAAUUAAUUUUUUGCUCAAAAAAAAAGAGACCUUUGCUCUAAAAAAUUGAAAGAUUGAAAAUUUUCCCUGAAAACUUUGGAAAUUUGAGUUUUCUUAAUUCAGCUUCACAGUGAGAAAUUAUUGAAAAAAAUCCAGAAAUUCAGAAAUCAAUUUUUCGAAACGUAAAAAAUCCGGGAAUUUUUUUGGGGAAAAAAAUCAGUAGAAGAUUUUCAAAAAAUCAAAAAUUCAUUAUUUAAAAAUCCACAAAAUCUAGAGAUCCUUGAUAAAAAUAAUUUGAAGAUCAAGUUUUGGAAAAAAAAAUCUGAGAUUUGAAUUUCAGUUCUGUAGAUUUCAUUCAAAACGUUGAGGAAAAAGAACAUUUUUGAAGUUCUAAAAUUUUGAAAAAUCAAAAUCUUAUUUUUCCUCAACUUGGAAUGAUUUUGAAUUCUCAAAAAUUGUUUAAAAAUUCCCAAUAUUUUUCAAAAAUCCAAAAAAUCCCAAAAUUUUCCAGCCUCUCGAAGUCAGCUCCGUCUACUACGACGAAAGCGGUGUCUACAAAUUCUGGCUCGAACACGUCAGAUAUGUUUACCUUUUUGCUCAAAUCGUCAAAAUCGCCUCGGUUUUUUCACUAAUCAUGGCAAGCAUUGAAAGGUAGGCUUUCCAAGGCUUCCCAAGGCUUCCCAAGGCUUCCCAAAGAUUCCCAAGGCUUCCCAGAGCUUCCCAAAGAUUCCCAAGGCUUCUCAAGGCUUCCCAAGGCUUCCCAAGGCUUCUCAGGGCUUCCCAAGGCUUCUCAAGGGCUCCCAAGGCUCAAGAAUCCCCCAAAAAUCUCAUUUCCAGAUAUUUCAUGACAAAACAUUGGACAUUUGUUGGUUUCGAGAUGCGAACCCGAUGGAUUGUUCUAUUUCUCCUGAUCUGCGCCUCGAUCUUCAUCAAAUAUAUGUCCGAAGAGGUCAUUGUUGUCUCCCAUGAAAAUUGUGAUGGUUAUUCAAGAUCAGCGAUCAGAAUCAAGAGAAAAGACAUCGAAAAUAUGGGACUUCUACACUCUCUAACAAUAUUUCUCCCAUUUUUCACCCUAAUUUUCUUGAAUGGCGGAAUUGUACUGAUGUUGAGGAAACGAAAUGUUCAACAACUCCGAUCUCUCAUCGCCGAAUUAACCCUAGGUCACGAUCUAUCAAAGAUCCGCCGCAAAAACUUGCGAAGUGCCACGCGAACUUUGCUCGUCAUCAUCUCCGCCUAUCUCAUCUCCAAUCUUCUCAGCUUAAUCAUCAUCAUCACCGAAUAUGUGGAUCACGAUUUUUUGCACAAAAAUCAUCCGGAUUUGAAUCGCAUCGCUCUGGAUUCAGCCGCGCUUCUGACUGUUGUUGGAAAUGCGAUUCGGUGUCCGGCGCAUAUUUAUAGCAACAGUGAGAUUCGAACACAAUUCCGCAUUUUGAUAUGUGGGGAGGAGAGGAAAAAGGUGAGUGGUUUGAGUGUUUUUUUUGCAGCGGAGGGGGAAAUUGAAGUGGUUUAGUAUAGUCAUGUCAGAUGAUUUUUUGUGGAGCAAAAAAAUAUGAAAAAGGAGCAAAUAUCAAAAGUCGGGGGAUCAUUUUUGAACCAGGAACUUUGAAAAAAAUAUAACAAUUCAAUUUUUCCCCCCAAUUUUUCUAGUAGCCGCGCCUAGAGAACCUGGUUUUCAAGCAGUCGAGCCUGGAAAAUUUAGUUUUCAAGGAGUCGAGCCUAUAUGGCAUAGUGAAGUAGCCAAGCCUAGAGAGCCUGGUUGUCAAGUAGCCGGGCCUAGAGAACCUGGUUUUCAAGUAGCCGGGCCUAGAGAUCCUAGAUCUUAAGCAGUCGGGCUUAGAGAGCCCAGUACUCAAGGAUCAGCGUCUAGAGAGCCUAGUUAUCAAGGAUCCGCGCCUUGAGAGCAUGGUUUGCAAGUAGCCGAGCCUAGAGAGCCUGGUUUUCAAGCAACCGCGUCUAGAGGACCUAAUUCUCUAGGGCCGACAUCUAGAGAUUCACUCUGUCAAGGACCAGCGCCUAGAGAACCUAGGUCUCUAGCAGCUACAUCUAGAGAUUCACUCUGACAAGUAACCGCGCCUUGAGAGCCUCUAUACCAAGCAGCUGAGCCUAUCGAUCCGAGAUCUCAAGUGUUCACGCCUACAAACCCCAUUUCCCAAGCAGCCGAGCCUUGAAGUGCUAAUUUUCAAGCAGCUGCGCCUAGAAAUCCCAGUUUUCAAGCAGCUGAGCCUAUAGAUCCCAGAUCUUAAGUAUUCACGACUACAAACCCCAGUUUUCAAGUAGCCGCGCCUAGAAAGUUUAAUUUUCAAGGAUCAACGCCUAGAAACGCUAAUUUUCAAGCAGCCACGCCUACAAACCCCAUUUCUCAAGCAGCGGCGCCUAGAGAGCCUAGCUAUCAAAGAUUCGCGCCUUGAGAGCCUAGUUCACAAGUAGGCGAGCCUACAAACCCCAGUUCUCAAGCAGCCGCGCCUUGAGAGCAUCUAUACCAAGCAGCUGAGCCUACAACCCCGAAUUGUCAAGCAGCCGUGCCUAGAUAACCUGGUUUUCAAGCAGCCGCGCCUUGAGAGCCUCAUACCAAGCAGCUGAGCCUACAACCCCUAGUUCUCAAGCAACCAAGCCUACAAACCUCAGUUUUCAAGAAGCCGAGCCUAGAAAAAACGAACUUCGCCUAAAUUCCCCCUCAAACCUCCAAACUUCCAGGAAAUCAAACGAAGUUCCUCACAAGAACGUCUCGACAAUCCAUGGAUGACCCUAAUGUGGGUUUCAGCCAACAAACAAUGUUCGGACGAUGAAAAGGCCGCAUUUAUGCCAAAAGCCCUAAUGAAACGACACUCCGCAAUUGCGAUUGUAUGA